GUCUCUGUGCCCGUUUAUUCGGAACCGAGUGGCGCGGGUGGCGGCCGCAGUCGAGCCGCGACCGCCGCCGCGCUAUAUCCCUUCCUCGACACAUUCAAACUUAGACAAUGGCGUAUACUUGGGACAACAGAGUCGCGUUCGUUGUUCGGUUUCUUUACGAUAUCGACAACAACGGCUACCUGGAUGCCAGGGAUUUCCAGUGCCUGGCCCUCAGGUCGUGUGUGCUGGAAGGCAAGGGCGACUGUAGCGCGGCCCGCCUCCAGAAGUACCAGCACGUGAUGCUCAGCCUCUGGGAGGAAAUUGCACAACUGGCUGACUUCGACAAGGACGGCAUGAUUUCGGUUGACGAGUUCAAAACCGCCGUGAAAAACAGCUGUGUAGGCAAGAAAUAUGAUGAAUUCCCUCAGGCCAUGAAAGCGUUCAUCGAAUCCAACUUCAAGAUGAUUGACAUUAACGCCGAUGGUGUGAUCGGUGUAGAGGAGUAUAGAUAUGAUUGCGUCCAGAGGAUGGUCGUCGACGACAUCAAAGUCAUAGAUGACGCUUUCAACUCACUGUUAAAUGACGACGACCGAAAGGUCGGUGGUCUCACACUCUCCAGAUACCAGGAGUUGUUCGCGCAGUUCCUCAGCGAGCAGAACGAGAAUUGCCAAGCGAAGCACCUCUUCGGACCCUUAGAACUAUAAGCUCGGUCUUUGACCAUAUAAUAUAGGCCCAUGACUGACACACCUACUUUAAGAAACAUUCAUGCAAAUUUUAAAACACCAAACUUACUAAUUUGCUUUUGCUGAAAAACCGGCUUUAACCAAAAAUAUUUUUAAACACCUAUACUGGUACAGCAAACAGGAAAGCUCGGGAUGACCUUCUAGGGCGGUAGCCUUACUUGUCAAGGCACCUAAGUUGAAGUCGACCCAAAAGCAUUUUGAGUAUUGGCAUAAUAAAAAUCAAUCGGCAAAUACUGUACCUGACGACGUCACGGGAAGCCAUCGCCCGACAAUAUCUAUUCUAUUUUUAAAACACGCUUUCCGCCACCGCGGAAAAUCGCGCCAAAAAUAAAUGGUCGCAUCGAAACCGCGCGAAAAUAACCUCAAAUAAAACAUCCACGAUACGCGCGCAAUUGUUGAAAAGUAUUUUUAACAACUAAUUUACAGUUGUAAUGUAAAAUAACAGUAUAAAUAUUUUAAAAUCAAUACAUUUUUAGACAUAACGCUAGUUCAUAAAUUAAAAACUAUUAAUUCCCG